UCGUCGAGAGCGCCCUCCCGUGGCAAACGGAAGGGGAGAGAUAGGGGGAGGUUUAAAACGAGCGGUCAUGGACACCUCGUCUCGCUCGUCUUCUCCUCUUCCUCCUCGUUCGUCUCCGUCUCCACCACCACUACCACCACUGCCGACGACUGUUCCCGCUCUCUUCCCAGCUUUUUCCGGCGCCCAAGACGCCGACACUGACGCCUCAAGGGGCCUGGGCUGGCUCAGCAACCAGAGCUUCCGGACUGUAGAUGCCUUGGCUCUCAACAGCCGCAGCAUCUGUCCGAGGCGGUGCUCAGAUAGCAGCUACAGCUCCUCUUCCGAGGAUUCUCAAGACAACGAUCACCAAAGAAGCCCGUUCCGGAGAAGCCCAGUCCGGAGAGGCCCGCAUCGGAGCAGUGCUGAUGAUGAUGGUGAUGAAGAGAGGAGGAAGGCAGCUGGAGAAAAGAGGAGAAAGGAGCAGAAGAAGAAGAGCAGCAGCAAGAAGAAGAAGAAGAGGCAUCAUCGGCGGCGAGAUGACAGCCACUCUUCAAGUGAUAACGAUAAAAAAAAGAUGGGGAGAGGCAUUGCCAGCCGUGACAAAGUGCAAAGCGUAAAGUCAGAAGCCGUGGCCCCAGUACAGCAGCGCAGCAUGUGGCUCGAGGAUCUCACCGACCCCGCUGCCAGCCCCUUCUACCAGGACUCCAAGCCCGACAUCGCCAACUUGCAGUACAUGUCCCUGUACCGGGCGCACGUGGCCAGGUACCGGAGGAAAGGUAAAUCUUGCCUUGGGCUGCUCACUGGACGGCAGGCGGUGGAGUGGCAGACGCCCGGAUCCGGCAAGAAGCACCAUCGGAAGCGGCAAGGAGGCGGCGUUUGUGACGGUCGCUACUUCAGCCCCAAUUCUGUUGCCGCCACCGCCGCUGCUAUGGAAGAAGAGGAGGCACGGACGGUGGCACCACGAGACCCCGCGCCCCCGCCUACACCCGGAGAGUUCCUCCCGCUAAAGUCUGCUCCCGCUGGCGACGCAACUGAGCGGGCGGCGAGGGAGUUGGUGAACCCGCUGGGCGUGUACGAUGACUCCACCACGCUGUGGCUGCAGGGGAAGGCGACGGAGGGCGACGGCACGAGAGAGCAGGACUCAAGUGGCAUCACGGCCCUGAGCGCGAGAGAGCGACGAUUGCGCGACCGCGUGGAGCAGCUGAACCGCGCCGUGCGGGAGGACCCCGGCGACGUUGCCUCGUGGCUCGCCCUGGCUCGGCUGCAGGAUGAGCUGGCGCGCGACGCUUCCUCGCUGCUGCUCAUGAUUGAUGGCGGCGGCGGCAGCACUGGCGGCGGGGGCACGGAGAAGAGCAGGAAGGUGGCCGAGCGAGCGGUGCUGGAGAAGAAGCUGUCGGUGCUGGAGCGCGGCGUGGAAUCAAACCCGAGCUCCAUGGCUCUGCGGCUGGCUCGCCUGGAGCUGGGUCGCGACCUCUGGGAGUCCGGGCGUCUCGCCGGCGAGUGGAAGAAGCUCUCUUUCCUGCACCCCAACGACCCCGAGCUGUGGCGGCAGUAUCUGCUCUUCGCUCAGAGCCAGUACGCGACGUUCGGCGUGUCGCGCGUGAACGCGACCUACGGGAAGAGCCUCGCGACGCUGUCCGGCGUGGUGGACGGGACCCUCGUGUCGCACCCUCUGCUGCCCAACACGGAGUCGGCCAUGCUGGACAUCUUCUUGCAGCAGUGCCACUUUUUGCGGCAGGCCGGCCACACGGAGAAGGCCAUUUCGCUCUUCCAAGCCAUGAUGGACUUCAACUUCUACCGGCCAGACACCCUCGCCGAGGUCACCACCAGGGGCCUGGUGGAGUUCUUCGAGACAUUCUGGGACAGCGGGGAACCGCGGUUCGGCGAGCCCGGAGCGCGUGGGUGGAGUGCCUGGAUGAGGCAGAAGGAGAGGGGUGGCUGGGUGACCCUUGACCCUCCAGACGAGGGUGAUGAGGUGGGAGACGAUGACGGGGAGACGCCGGAGGAGGAGCUGGCGGCGUCCUCCGUGCCUCGCUGGCGCGCGUGGUUAUCCGUGGAGCGCUCGCGCGAGCGCCGCCAGUGGCUGCCGUGGCGACCGGAUAAGGGCAAAGGUCAGACGGAGACCGACUGCGAGGACCCGGACAGACAGGUAUUAUACGACGAUGUCGGCCCGUCUCUCUUCACGCUGCGCACCGCCGGCCUGCGGCGACAGCUCGUCGACCACUUCCUCACCUUCCUGGGCGUCCCGCCGGCGCCAGGACCGGCGGGCGGCGGGGGGUGUCACCGCCCGCCCCCGCCCUCCGCCUUGGACGACCCGGGGCUGCUGUUUGCCGAGGAGCGGGCGCCGUCGUUGGUGCGCGACGUGGCGGCGGCGCGGCCCGGCGCCACCGCCCUGGGACCGUCGCCCGACGUGGAGGAGGAGCAGGAGAACGAGUGGGGAGGAGCGACGGCGGCGGUCGCCGGGACCCGGCGGUGGCGGUGGAGCGGCGGCGCCGCCGGAGAGGAGUUCGUGAGGAGCGUGCUGGAGCAAGCACUCCAGCUGUUCUCCGGCGCGGAGCGGGCGGCCCUGGGUCUGCGCUGGCUGCGGCACCAGAGGGCAAAGGUGGAGGCCGUGCUGGGCUCGGGCGACCGCCGGCGCGCCAAGGCCCUCGGCAAGCGUAGCCGGCGCCUUGCAAAGACCCUCCUCAAGGAGCCGGCAAACCGCAACCGCCUGGAACUCUGGGAGGAGUUUGCGCUGCUCGAGUGGCGGCUCGGCGAGCGUGCGGCCGCCCGCAAGGUCCUGGACACGGCCAUCGCCGUGGCCACGGCUUCCGCCGGCGCCGCCGCCAAGACGGCCUCCCCGCCGCCGCUUAGCGACGGGCCCCUGUGCUCGCUGUGCCUCCGCUACGCGCAGCUGGAGCUCGAGGUGAAGGAGGGCGGCGCGGGCGCGGCUGGCGAGGGCGGCCAGCGAGCGACGCACGUGCUGGUCGCGCUGGCGGCGUCGGAUGGCGCCGGCUACUCCCCGUUUGACGGGCACCCCGCGCCGCCGAGCUCCGUGCUGCGCGCACGCAAGAGCUUCGAGCGCGAGCUCGAUGCGCUGCUGGCAACCGAAUGGAGCGCCGACGCCGACUCCGGUUCCAGCGGACGAGCCCGACUGGCGACGGUGGCGUGCUGCGCGGCGACGCUGCAGUACGUCACGGCCGGCGUGUGGGCCGCCGACGCCGUGUUCGCGCGCGCGAGCGCUGCGCUGCUGGCACGAGGUCGCGACCCCGGAACGAUAAAUCCGGAAGGGCAGGCGGUGGUGGCGGCGGCGGCGGCGACGGGAAGAGGCCGGGAGGCGCCGGCUUGCGGUGGUGUCCCUGCCGGCGGCGUGGAGCUGGAAUCGCUGCUGCUGGAGCGAGCGAGGCUGCUGCGUUUCCACGCGACGCUGGUGCCAUUCCCACGGCGGCCGCUGCGCGAGGCGCUGAGCAGCGCCGUGGCACUCGUCCCCGACAGCGCCGAGCUGCUGCGGAUGUACACGCAGAACGAGACGGCGAGCGGAGGCCUCCACAUGGGGGAGCUGCGUCGAGCGUUGGGCCGGCUCAUGAGGACCGAGGGCAGCCCCCUGCCCUGGCUCUUCGCCGUGUACGCCGAGCUCCGGCGCAAGAGGGCGGUCGACUCCAUCUCCGGCUCGGGCAGAGACGCGGUCUCCGUGGCGAUACCGGAGUCCGGGCUGAGCAACCGCUUGCGCUCGCUGCUGGAGCGUGCGCUGAGCGUGCCCUCCGUGGCGCGCUGCCCCCUCGCGUGGCGUCUCUACUUGCACUUCUUGAGGGUUCAGGGCACGACGUCGCGCAGUGAGGGGAUCCUCUACCGUGCUGUGCAGGCCUGCCCCUGGGCAAAGGUGCUGUACAUGGACGCUGUGCGGAGUUUCCCCGAGCGUGUGCAGGAGCUGACGGACAUGAUGACGGAGAAGGAGCUUCGUCUGCGCGCUCCACCCGAGGAGGUGGACAUCCUCAUGGAGGACUAACCGGGAGGACGCUACUCUUGUCGCGCUCUCACCCUGCCGCUUUGCUGUCCUUCCUCCGCACCUCCGAUUGGCGCGGUUGGCUACGUACGGUGCGAAAGAAGUUCAACAUACGUACUUUGCUGCCCCCGCUGGCACGGGCCAACCAAACUCCCGGAGAAAUGUAAGGCCCUGGAAGCCGCAUACCGGGGGAGGUAGAAAAUCAGAGAUGGUACGCUGGGGGCGACCGAAUGUCGGAAACACCGAACGCUGGAGUGGGGGGGGGGGUCCGAAAACUUAUCGGGGUACAAGAACAGCGGGCAGACUGAACCCAGGAGAAGACUGAACAUUGGUUGGGUUGAUCGAACAUCGAAGAUGUUGACACCGGCGAGACCAAACACCAGAGUGACCAAACACCGACUUUGUGUUCUUUCGGAGCGAGGAGUCACAGCAGGGGGACGUGGGUCUGCAAAAAUAAUAAUAUGAUAAUGCAUUGCAACUCUUUGUCACUUAAUUGCUGGUUGAAGGGGGCCCUCACCAUUGUUUUUCUAUCUCGCGGCUUGUUUGACCAUACUUGUUACCGCGGUGGUCAUUGUGGGUUGGUGAACGGCAAAGAGGGCUCAGGAAACCGGUUCAGAUGUCACUCGGCCAGCCGAUGGUGGCCGCGUCCGGGAUUCGAUCUCGGGGUUUCCACGUUUCGUAGACGCGGGAGCGUUAGCCGCUGCGCCGCGGCCCCGCUCCUGCGUGUGGCUUUGUGCGUGAACUCCAGCUCGGGUCGCUUUUUUUGUUCUGGGAGCGGGGAAGUGCGUUUUUCGGAAUUUUUGUGAACACAAAUGUGAGCCGCCCGGCCGCAUCUCUGUGAAUGCGGUGGGCCGCGUGAGCAUUGUUCACCUGCAUUUUAAGGCGGGCGUGUGAAGCAAGGCAAAUAUUAGUUUUGUCUUAGCGCUAAUGCCUCUGAAAUAAAGUUUACUUUUAAGAGAGUCAAUAAAAGCCACCACUGCGAAGUUCUUCAAAAUAUUCGGAAACCCUAACGUGUGAGGACCUGGGUGUAGCUUUGUCCUGUAACUGGCUGCACGUAACCGUUUUGGUACAGGUAAAUAAAGUGCAAAAAAGUGGACAAUUGUUCCCGAACGUUUACACCCCAGUGUUCCACACAGUAGGCAAUCCGCGUUUCCGUGAUCGUGUAAAUACAGAAGGGUGUUUCACAUGA